AAUAUGUUUCUGGGUUCAAGUUAUAUAUAUGUGUGCAUGUUUGUUCUUCUAAGAAGUCACAGUAUCAUUUGUACAGAAAAUGGGGAACUCCUCAUCUCAACCUCUUCCUGUUGACACAAGCUUCAAGCUUCCUUCUGCCUUGCCAUCUUGGCCACUAGGGGAAGGUUUUGCUAGUGGAAUAAUUGAUCUUGGAGGACUUCAAGUUUGCCAGAUAACAUCUUUCACCAAAAUUUGGUCCAAUAAUGAUGUCACGUUCUUUGAGCCAUCACCCAUACCAAAUGGUUUUUCCAUGCUUGGAUGCCAUUGCCAAUCCAAUAACACCCCACUUUUUGGUUGGGUUCUCGCCGGAAAAGAUGUUUCCGGCGGAACCCUAGCUGCUCCAGUAGACUACACUCUAGUCUGGAGCAGUAACAAUUCAUUUUAUGUCUGGCUACCAACCCCACCGGAGGGUUAUAAGUCAGUAGGCUACACCAUCACUACCUUGCCUAGCAAACCUUCACUGGAUAAAAUCCGGUGUGUUCGAGCCGAUCUAACCGAUGAAACCGAAGUAGAUGCAUUGUUAUGGAGUUCUAGUGGUGUGAAUGUGUAUGGGUUAAGGCCAAAAGUUAGGGGGAGACAAGCUCUAGGGGUGUCUGUAGGUACAUUCAUAAUUAGCAAAAAUGGAGAUGAUACAAGUUUAUUAUCUCUUUCUUGUUUAAAGAAUAAUAACUUUGAGAACUUGACUUCUUUCAUGCCAAAUUUAGCUCAAAUUGAUGCCCUGGUUAAAGAAUAUUCUCCAAGAUUUUAUUUUCACCCUAAAGAAACCUACUUUCCUGCUUCUACAAAAUGGUAUUUCACCAAUGGGGUUCAACUCUACCACACAGGAGAAGAAUCAAACCCUAUCCCAGUCAAUCCCACCGGCUCGAACCUUCCUCAAGGUGGUUCGAACGAUGGCACUUACUGGCUGGACCUGCCGGUUGAUGAAGCUGAGAGAGAAAGGGUCAAGAAAGGUGACUUGCAAAGCUGUGAGGCUUAUCUUCAUGUCAAACCAAUGCUUGGAGCCACAUUUACCGAUCUAGCCAUAUGGGUUUUUUACCCUUUUAAUGGCCCAGCAACUGCUAAAGUAGGGUUGGUAAAUGUCCCUCUAGGAAGGGUUGGUGAACAUAUAGGUGAUUGGGAGCAUGUGACCCUAAGGGUUAGCAAUUUUAAUGGACUUUUAUAUCGUGUUUAUUUCGCACAACAUAGUGGAGGGGUGUGGGUGGACACCACUUCCCUAGAGUUUUUCGAUGCGAGUAACAACUUCGCAGCUUACCCAUCUCUAAAUGGCCAUGCAACAUACCCGGCCCCAGGACUUGUACUACAAGGAAACGAUGUGGCUGGUAUUAGAAACGAUACUGCAAAAAGUGACAAUUUUUAUAACGUAAAGGAAAGAUAUUCAGUCAUGGCAGCCGAAUACAUCAAUGAUGUAAGCGAGCUACCAUGGGUGAAUUUCACAAGAAAAUGGGGUCCUAAGAUAACGUAUGAUGUAGGAACGGAGAUUGAAAACGUACAAAGCUCAGUGGACGGAACUUUGGCAUCGCCAAUUGGAAGCUUGCUUGGCCUCAUACCGAGGGAAUUUUCUAGUGAGGAUGGACCUACCGGACCUAAAAUGAAGGUUGAUUGGGAUGGUGAUGAACGGUAAUCAAAAAGUGUGUUUGUUGACUAUUUAACUCUUGUUUUUUCAGUUUAUUAUUAUGUUACACUUGCAUUCCUUUCAUUAUGUAUGUGGUGUUGUUUGCUUAAUAUGAAUAAUGAAUUGUUUUAUUUUGA